UAUUACAUUUAUUGAGUCAGAAAAUGGACAGCCUCGGAGAUAUCCACACCUAUCGAGUCCAGCUUGAACAGGUUGAUGCGGCCUUAGUAGGGGAACCUGAAAAUGAGGAACUUAUUAAACUAAAGGCAGAUUUGCUGGAUAUUAUAGCCCUGACUGAGGAUUUGAUGGGUUUGUCAAGCAGCAAGAAGUCUAAAGUUAUGAAGGAAGUCGAGGAAGAUACCUUCGCAAUUCCAGUCCAGAAAAAGAAGACGGUUAUGUCGUUGUAUGAUGAUGAUGACGAUGUCGAGGUGAUGCCUUCUACAGCUGUCACAUCAACUGAUCAAGAGCGUGCUACAGUAACUGAAACUAGUGAAACUGAAGCAAAGGUCACAAUUAGUAAUUUCGUGGUGGGCCGGAGAGCAGAAGCACCAAAAGUUGAUAUCAUCGACGAAAAAGAGCGCUUAUAUCGGCAACAGUUACAAGAACUGAAGAUGCUAACCUGUGAUUGGAAGCCAGGUGAUAAGUGUCAAGCUUUAAACUCAGACACCAAUCAGUAUAACGAAGCUGAAGUGUUAGCUAACGGUGAUGGAUAUCUGCAGAUUAAAUACAAUGACGAUGGAGUUGUAGCCAACGUAUUAUUAUCAAAUGUGAGAAAGCACAAGAAAAGGAGAUGGGGUGAAGUCACGAAUGCUCCAACACCUGAAGAGGCUAAGAAGUCAGUUAUAGAAAAAGAGAAGAAGAAGAAGAAGAAACUUAGCAGAAAACAAAGACAGACUGAAAUGGAAAAUGCGAAAGAGCAAGAGAAGAAAAGCUGGCUUUCAUUCAUGAAAGGUAACAAGACAGUAGCGAAAAACUCAACGAAGAAAAGUAUAUUCGCCUCUCCUGAUAACUUCGACGGAAAGAUCGGUAUUGGAACAUGUGGGAUAUCUGGCAAAGGAAUGACUAGUUUUACUGGACCUGACAAGUGGAAGAGAUAGUAGUGACGUCAUCAGCAAGUGACGUCAUCAGCAAGUGACAGCAUCAUAACGACAGAAGUUGACUAUUAAUAACCAUUUUAGAUUGUAAAUAUGACGAGUUGGUCCGGGGUGUGAUUUCUUAAUAACAGUGAUUUACGGAGGCUAGAAGUAUGCACACGUGGAAUGGCACUUUUAAUUCAACCCAGAUCGACCAUUUACCAUUAAAUCAGGCCUUCAAGUGUGCAAUUAUUAUGAACAGAAACGUGUUUCAAUGCUAUUUCCUAUUUGCGUUUACUUUAAUAAAAUAACAGUCGAUUGAUUCAUUGGUACACACUACACACUGUGUACUACACAGUCCUGUCUUCCUGACAUUUAAAUCCAAGGCGAAGUCCGAAGAGAAUAAGAUAUAAUGUGUCUUGAUGUUUAAUUAAAAUCACGGAUUAUAUUUUGUUUAUUUAAAGUUCAAACCAUAUUAUUUGAGGUCUACUAAA